AUGCCCCCAGAGUUGAAAGCUGAAGUAAACAUCAUGCCCAAGGUUACCCAGGGGGAUCUGGAGAGUCUGCCUCCAGAAGCAAGGGAGUUCAUUGAAAGUAAUGCCAAGCUGUGCCAACCUGAGAACAUUCACAUCUGUGAUGGCUCAGAAGAAGAAAACAAAAAAAUUCUGGACAUCAUGGUAGAGCAAGGCAUGAUUAAGAAGCUGAGCAAGUAUGAGAACUGCUGGUUGGCUCUCACUGACCCAAGAGAUGUAGCAAGAAUUGAGAGCAAAACUGUCAUUAUCACUCAAGAACAGAGAGAUACCACUCCAAUCCCUAAAACUGGAACUAGCCAGCUGGGGCGCUGGAUGUCAGAAGAAGAUUUUGAGAAAGCCUUCAAUACCAGAUUCCCAGGCUGCAUGCAAGGACGCACAAUGUAUGUCAUCCCCUUCAGCAUGGGGCCUAUUGGGUCUCCUUUGUCCAAGAUUGGGAUUGAGCUGACAGAUUCACCAUACGUGGUGGCCAGCAUGAGGAUCAUGACGCGGAUGGGAACAGAUGCUUUGAAAGCCCUGAGCAAUGGAGAGUUUGUAAAAUGCCUUCACUCAGUUGGAUGUCCUCUACCACUCAAAGAACCAUUAAUCAACAACUGGCCAUGCAACCCAGAGUUAACGCUGAUUGCUCAUCUCCCGGAUCGCAGAGAGAUCAUUUCAUUUGGCAGCGGUUAUGGAGGAAACUCCUUACUGGGGAAAAAAUGCUUCGCUCUCAGAAUUGCCAGCAGGAUCGCCAAGGAAGAGGGCUGGUUAGCAGAGCACAUGCUGAUCCUGGGCAUUACAAAUCCAGAAGGUGAGAAGAAGUAUUUUGCUGCAGCAUUCCCUAGUGCCUGUGGAAAAACUAACUUGGCCAUGAUGAACCCAAGCCUGCCAGGGUGGAAGAUUGAGUGCGUGGGCGAUGAUAUCGCCUGGAUGAAGUUUGAUGAACAAGGGCACUUAAGGGCAAUCAAUCCAGAAAAUGGCUUUUUUGGAGUUGCCCCUGGAACCUCAGUCAAAACAAACCCCAACGCUAUUAAAACCAUAUUCAAGAACACCAUCUUUACCAACGUAGCUGAAACCAGUGACGGCGGUGUCUAUUGGGAAGGCAUUGAUGAGCCAUUGCCACCAGGAGUAACCCUGACUUCAUGGAAGAACAAGGAUUGGACCCCAGAUAAUGGGGAACCUUGUGCUCAUCCCAACUCACGGUUCUGCACUCCAGCCAGCCAAUGCCCCAUCAUGGACCCUGCCUGGGAAUCACCUGAAGGUGUCCCCAUUGAAGGGAUAAUAUUUGGAGGCCGCAGACCUGCUGGUGUGCCGCUUGUAUAUGAGGCCUUUAACUGGCAGCAUGGAGUAUUUAUAGGAGCAGCCAUGAGAUCUGAAGCAACAGCAGCUGCUGAGCACAAAGGCAAAAUCAUUAUGCAUGAUCCAUUUGCCAUGAGACCUUUCUUUGGCUACAAUUUUGGCAAAUACUUAGCCCACUGGCUUAGCAUGGCACAUCGCCCAGCGGCAAGACUACCAAGGAUCUUUCAUGUUAACUGGUUCCGGAAAGACAGCCAAGGGAAAUUCCUGUGGCCUGGCUAUGGAGAAAAUUCCCGUGUGCUGGAGUGGAUGUUCAACAGAAUUCAAGGGAAGGCCUCUGCCAAGCCAACUGCUAUAGGUUACAUCCCUGCUGAUGCUGCUUUGAACCUGAAGGGUUUAGAAGAUGUCAACUUGACUGAACUGUUUGAUAUCUCCAAAGAUUUCUGGGAAAAGGAGGUAGAAGAAAUCAAACAAUACUUUGAAGGGCAAGUUAAUGCUGACCUUCCCUACGAAAUAGAAAGAGAAAUGCUUGCCUUGGAGAUGAGGAUAAAACAGUUGUAGCUGAUCAGAAAAACAAUUAUUUAUCAAUCCACAUAUACUAAAACAGGACAAAACCAUUUUACCAAAUCGACACACUGAUGAACGGGGGUUAUAAUGAAAGUAGGUCUUAGGUUGGUUAGGCUAUAGAUAAGGGCAUCCUAAAGUAACUCCAGACCUAAUGAUUUAUAACUGCAUCAGUUGUUGUGAAUUGGUGAGCAACUGUGAGAAUGUAUGUGCACGGUCUCCAGAACUCUGAUCUGUCACUCACAUGCACAACUCUGCAUAUAGCUAUUGAUGUAUUUAAAUUACUUGCUGACAGCUCUGCAGAUACAAUCUAAAACGAUCCACCCCGCAAGGUGUAGCACAUUGUUCCCAUCACACAAGCCACUAGAGUCUCAGAUUAAUUUUUUCAUUUUUUAGCAGUAUCACGCAGAGGAAAGAAUGAGACUUAAAUGUUGUAUAUAUGUAUUAUCUAAACAUAUUUCAUGGCUUAAAUAUUUUUUAGAAAAAUGAAGUUGUAACUUGUAUCACUUGUUGAGUGAAAGAUGACUUUGUAUUACUAAUGCAUAUUUAAGAUAUUGCUAUUAUAUAUGCCUCAUGUUCCUGUGAUUUCCAGAUGUUUUGCAUGGCUUGUUCUUUAAACUAUUGAAAUAAAUGUUUA